AUGAUGCGUGGUCUGCAUACAUUUCUGCUUUUUCUUCUCCUGGGAUGUCUGGGAAAAAACACACUGGGGAGUGAAAUCAUAAAUGGAAAAAAGGUCCCGGACAACUUAAUGCUGUACAUGGCCUCUGUACAGGACAACAGAGGCCAUCAUGCAUGUGGAGGAUUCCUGAUCAGUGAGGACUUUGUAGUCACUGCAGCGCACUGUGAUUCCUCGAACCCUACAAGUGUUGUUCUUGGCACCCACAAUCUCAAGAAGAUUAAUAAUGACACGAUGAGAUACAGUGUAAAAAAAUGCAAACAUCCAUCUUACAAGAAUGCCAAAUCUGGUAAUGACAUCAUGCUCCUCAAACUGUCUAGGAAAGCUCAACUGGACAACAGAGUACAACCAGUUCAGCUUCCACCACCUGAGAUGAAGAUGAAAGAUAAAGCAAAGUGUCGUGUUGCUGGAUGGGGUAAAACAAAAACUGGUAGAAGUGAUGUGCUGCAAGUGGUGGAAGUGCCUAUCAUUAACCUGAAGACCUGUAAGACAGAAUGGGAUCAAAUUCGAGUUAAGCUUCCCGACAAUGUUAUUUGUGCAGGUGGUUAUGACACAGAGAAAGGAUUCUGUCAGGGUGAUUCUGGUGGUCCUCUGGUGUGUAGCGGGAAAGCAGUGGGUGUUGUGUCCUUCAACAUGAAUAACAAUUGUGACUAUCCAAAUGUACCCAACAUCUAUACGGACGUAUCAAAAAACCUUCAAUGGAUCAAAACUAUUCUCAAGAAAAAGAAUUACUACAGAAGUAAUUCUUCCGCUGGCAAGAUGCAUGGUCUGCACACAUUUCUGCUUUUUCAUGCUCUGACAUGUCUUGCACAUGGGAGCGAAAUCAUAGAUGGGGAAAAGGCGAAGAAGUAUAUGUAUAUGUAUAUGGCCUCAGUCCAGAACAAUGCAGGACAUGUAUGUGGAGGGUUCCUCAUCAGUGAAGAGUUUGUAGUAACUGCUGCCCACUGUGACCGCCCAGAUUUGAGCUUUGUUCUUCUUGGGACCCACAAUCUGAAGGAUGCUAAGAAUAAAAGAAGAAGCAUUAAAAAGAAAUACAAGCACCCAUCUUUCAAGAAAGUGGGACUUGGUAAUGACAUCAUGCUCCUUCAGCUGGCACAGAAAGUUCAACUGGACAACAGUGUACAAAAAAUUCAACUUGCAAGAUCUGGAGAGGAGAUAAAGGACACUGUGCCAUGUCAUGUAGCUGGUUGGGGUGCCACAAAAAGUAAGGGAAGCGGCGUUGAUGAGCUGAGAGAGGUGAAUGUAUCGAUCAUCAGCCUGCGAUUAUGUAAGGAGAAAUGGCCUGGUCUUCCUGCCAAUGUGAUCUGUGCAGGUGGAUAUCCCACAGAUAAAGGAUUCUGUCAGGGUGAUUCUGGUGGUCCUCUGGUGUGCAAUAGGAUGGCAGUUGGUGUUGUGUCUUUUAACAAGAACUCAAACUGUACCUACCCAGAUGUACCCAACGUAUAUACAGACAUAUCAAAAUACCUGCCCUGGAUCAAUGACACUGUCAAAGGCAGAAGACAUUAUGAGUAACAAUCUUGCACAAAGCUUUGCUUAAACAUAAUCUUCAUGCAAUAUGGGUGUGUCAUUGUGUCUUAAAUCGUUCUUUCGCAAUUUUAUUAUUCAGUCAAAUACCAAAAUUAAAAUAAAAUAAAAAGAUACAAUGUUUAACUUGCUUUUCUAGCAUAGCAUUUUCUAAUCAAAGUGUAUAGACAGGAGGCUCCAGCAGGUUUCCAACAGACCCGGUUCUUU